AUGACACAAAGCCAGGAUGACACGAAGCUAGGAAUACGCCCUCAUGUCGCAAGGCGAGCCAACAGAACUAUCUUUCAAAAUAAUUUCCGUUUUUUUUCGUGCGUCCGCUCACCCAUCAACCAAGCACACCCACAAACAGGCGGCAUGGCUCCUCCCAAGAAGACCCUCAGAGCAGACGCGCCCUGGCGCGCCAAGGGCACAGGGGUGGCUCUCAUUGGCGGGCCGGCUCUGGCGAGUGUGCGACGCGGGCCGGAGUUCGACUAUGCCAUGAGCAUCAUGCGGCAUCCGGACCCUAUAGGCAUGGGGUUGGCGCAGGAGGCAGGGGUGGAGGCGGCAGGGGAGGAUUGUCUGGUGCCUGGGCUCAAGCGGCCCGUCAUUGUUAUGGGCGUGCAGGUGUGGCCGCUGGAGAUCAACAGCCCUCUCUCCUGGAAGGCCAUUGAGCCCAUGGCCCGAGAGCUCAAAACCGUGUCCAAGCUUGCCGAGAAAGCCAUUGACCUCAUGAACGCCCCUCUUGGCCGCUGA